UCUUCUUUUGCCAACCAUCUCUCUUUAGGCUCUCUCACCUACCCGGAGAAAGAAAAUUCUAUUAAAGUCCAACCAACAAAGCCAACGUAUUAAAAAGAUCCUAACCUCUGAUUCUUAGAUCGGACGGUUCACAUUGGUUCGAAUUACGUCAACGAGAAGGACAAGCACCAAUCAGGAGGCUCCACAUCAAUCCACCAGCUCCCCAUCAUCCACGUGUUUAUUAUUCCACUUUCUCCUUUUUGUAUAAAUGCGUUACAUUUAAUAAUGAUUUCACUCAUCAAUCAAUCAAACAAAACCUUUUCUAUUUGAUUUUUGGUUCUUCUCUCUCUCUCUCUCGAUUAGAUCUCUGAAUACGAAGAUCAUAAAAGUUAUCUGAAGACGACUUUGUCAUGUUUUUGUUCGAUUGGUUCUAUGGAAUCCUGGCCACGCUAGGCUUAUGGCAGAAAGAGGCGAAGAUCUUGUUUCUAGGUCUCGACAAUGCCGGAAAAACUACUUUGCUUCACAUGCUCAAAGACGAGAGAUUAGUUCAGCACCAGCCAACACAGCAUCCCACAUCGGAGGAACUGAGCAUUGGCAAAAUAAAGUUCAAGGCCUUUGACUUGGGUGGCCAUCAGAUUGCCCGUAGGGUCUGGAAAGACUACUAUGCCAAGGUUGAUGCUGUUGUGUACCUAGUGGAUGCCUACGACAAGGAGAGGUUUGUGGAGUCAAAAAGAGAGCUUGACGCUCUUCUAUCUGAUGAAGCAUUAGCAAGUGUCCCUUUUCUUAUCCUUGGGAACAAGAUUGAUAUUCCUUAUGCAGCCUCUGAAGACGAGCUGAGGUAUCACUUGGGUCUCACCAAUUUCACUACCGGUAAAAGCAAUGUGAGUCUUGGAGAAUCUGGUGUUCGUCCCCUUGAGGUCUUCAUGUGCAGCAUCGUCCGCAAAAUGGGAUAUGGUGAGGGCUUCAAAUGGCUGUCUUACUACAUCAAGUAGGAAAACCAAACAAGCAUCGGUGAUUUGCUUCACGGUUUUAUGAAUCAGACAUCUCAAAAAUUUUCCUCUUUGAAAAGACAUAAAACUGUUUCUCUAUUGUAGUUUUUCCUCUUAAAGUUCUAAUGCUAUGUGUUAAGUCUGAUGGCUUACAACUCUAAAACAAAAAUGUGAUUCUGAUUGUGAAGUAGUAAUCAUUAUGAUAUCAAAGAAUACUUCUUAGGA